CAACGACAUGACCGAUAAGCCGGGCAUGACCCCAACCCAUAAAUUCCAAUGGAUCUCACAGUGCUCGGGAGAUGACGAACGAAAUAACAGUGUAAUGAGUAGUGGGCAGGGAGAGGCUUUGAGGAAAGACACAGUCCAGUUGAAAGGGAAUCCACCCCCGGUCAAUGAAGCACAGGUGGCGAGUGAAGUACGAAGGCAAGAGUCGGGAACGAGGCUCGCGGAGCUCCGUAGUAUCGAUCCUCAGACGGCUGAAACUACACAGAGAAUGACAGGCAAUCGAGAUGCGUGCCAUCAAGGCAACGAGAAGAUGGUCGAUCACAGGCACGCUCCAAGCAACGUGAUAUCGGACGGCUCAGCAGCUGGCAUAUCCGAGGGGUCCAGCAAAGGCAACGACUCCAGGAUGGGAAAUUCUCGCCCUUCUCCACCUCCCACCUAUGACCAGGACCAUCUCCUUGAUCUUACUGUUCAUAUCACCCGCAACAUCUACAAAUCUGCGACUGACGAUACCUCUCGUAUCAAGGCAGCCACUGCCGCGCUAGAGUUAGCCACCGCCCUCCGCCCGCCCUCAGACGUAAUCAUGGGCUGGUUUGCCAGCAUGUCUGUCAUCUCGGCCGUCCGUCUCUUCAUUCAUUGGGGUGCUUUCAACAUCAUUCCGACCGGACCAGGGGAAAGCAUCCCAUACGCUGAGCUGGCGGGGCGUAUCAAUGCCGAUGAGGGACUCCUUGGUUGGCUGCCCCCCCUUCCCUCCCCUCUCAUUCCCUACAAAACCAUAACCAUUCUCGACCCAAGCUAACAAGGGCGAGUCCGUGUCGCUUCGAUGUUGACCUCCGCACACAUCCUGCUACACCACCCUCUUUCACCAGUCUGCCCAGCCCCAUCCCUUGCCCACACCCCGACAUCACUACUCCUGCUGCCCGGCCAGCCCAUGUCCGCCAUGUUCUCUCUCAUGCGCAACAACGUUGCUGCCGUGUCGACCAUUCUCCCGUCCUACUUUGACGUCUACGGUCGAACGGAGCCGCCGGGGCCCGAGCACGUCCCUACUUCCUACCUGGCCGGCCGUCCGGAGGAGAGCUUUUGGUCGCUUCUCAGGAAGGAUGAGACGGCGCUGAGGGGGUUUGGGGUUGCCAUGCGCACGACGAGCAACGGUAGUGAAGCAUUGCGGAUCGGUUUGAUUUGGGGCCUGAUUCCCAUCCGUUCAUGACUGAUACCAUGAGAUCCAAGCGCCAUAGCUGUCUCAGUUGGCUCCCGGUAGCCUAAGCAUCUAAUUAGUAAUAGCCUCUUCUUCCUCUUUUUUUUUUUU